AUUAAUGUUCAUGGCCUCCUCCUCCUUCCUUCCUUGCACCAACCUCCUCAACAUCUCCGCUCUCUUCUUCUUCUUCUUCUCUCUCUUCUUGAAGAUAUGAAGCUCCACUCUCAUUUCCAUUCUCCUCUGCUGGAUCUUCCCCUUCUCUCUCCUCCUCUUCCAGGCCUUUCUCGCUCCUCCCGACUGCGCUUCCUUCCCGCGCUUCCUCAAUCACCGCCCGCUUUCCUCUUUCAAACCUCCGAUUCUUCUUUCACUCCCAAGUUUUCCGGAUCGAAAACUCGGCGACGUGCCCGCCGAUUGCGCCGGAGACAUGUCCGAUUCAUGGUUUUUGAUGAGGACUCGGUUGAUAUACCAUUACUUGAUGAUUGGGGUGACAAUGAUGAGACAAAAGGGUAUGUGGUUUCUUCAAGUGAUGAUGAAAAUAGUGACACUGAAUUUAUAGUAACUCCCGUUACUGAAGUUGAUUUGCCUACUGCGACUAUGUCGAGUAAUAAUGACGCUCUCAAUGUGGCGACCCAUCGGCUUGGAAUGGUUGGGAGAGGGCAUAAGAAACACAGGACUAAAUAUGGAGUGUUACUGAAUACAGGGCUGAUACUCUUCUUGUCCAUGGUACUUGUGUAUGUGGAUUGGUGUGCAUGGCGUAUUGUCAGACUACCUCUAGCACCAUUUCAUUUGACCCGCCCCUUUCUCAUAUCAGCCAUACUGGCCUCCUGCGCCGGCUAUGUUUGCGUCCCUUUACUCUAUGGCUUGAAGAUGUAUCAAAUUAUCAGGAAGGAAGGGCCUGCGAGGCAUUCUAUGAAAAAGAGAACCCCAACAAUGGGUGGAUUGUUUUUUGUGCCAAUAGGUGUAGUUGUUGCAAAGCUUAUUGCUGGUUCCUCUUGUCCUGAAGUUUCUGGUGCAGCUGCGGCAACUUUGGCCUUUGGUGCAAUCGGGCUACUUGACGAUAUCUUCAUCUUAAUCAAGAAUCACAGUAGUGGUUUAUCGGGGCGUCUAAAACUUCUCUUGGAGGUUGCAGUUGGGGCCUGCUUUUCAUUUUGGUUGAAUACCACAAGUAUCGUAUCACCCUACGGCAUGAAAAUGUUGGUUCCACUGCCUGCGCCGCUGGGCCUUGUUCACCUGGGAAAAUGGUAUCUAAUGUUGACUUCAUUUUGUCUUGUUUCCAUGGGAAACGGGGUUAACUUAACAGAUGGUCUUGAUGGAUUGGCUGGGGGGACUGCUGCAUUGGCCUUUGUAGGAAUGUCUAUUGCUGUUCUUCCAAUAUGUCCUGAUGUUUCUAUGUUUGGGGCAUCAAUGGCAGGAGCCUGUGUUGGUUUCCUUUUGCACAACCGAUACAGAGCAUCUGUUUUCAUGGGUGAUACUGGAUCCUUGGCACUAGGUGGCGCUUUAGCCGCGAUGGCUGCCUGUACGGGAAUGUUUUUUCCAUUAUUCAUUUCAUCUGGUAUCUUUGUGGUGGAAGCAUCAUCGGUUAUUAUGCAGGUUCUUUACUUCAAGACAACCAAAUACUUUCAGGGUGCCGGUCAUCGCCUGUUCCAAAUGGCACCUAUUCAUCAUCAUCUUGAACUACGUGGAAUCAAAGAACCAUUGAUCGUUGCUGGUGCAUAUGCUGUUUCAUCCGCUUUGGCUUUGUUUGCAGGUUAUUUGGGCCUCAUUUCUGCAUAGGAAUUGAAAUAUUUGCCUAACACAGCUUGGUAGUUAGUUAGACCAAGACAGAAAAAGGGGGGGAAAAAGAAAGAAAGAAAGAAAGAAAGAAAGAGGUUUAGCUAGGAUUAGUUUCU